AUGCAGCAGCCAAGCGCAACCCUGGCUUCGACCACUGCCCAAGCACAACAAAAUCACCAAGAUGCGACAAACAAUCCGAAUGUCGAUGCCGAGAAGACAGUCGGCACAGCACUUGCUGCUGCAGACCCUGAGCCCCCCUUCUCUGUCUUUACUCUUACGGAAAAGAAAUUCAUCGUCUUAAACAUAUCUUUCAUUGGCUUAUUGUCUCCUCUGGCAGGAAGCAUAUACUUUCCAGCUAUCGGCACACUCGCGAAAGACUUGCAUGUUUCAACUUCAGACAUCAAUCUGACUGUAACAACCUACCUGAUCUUUCAGGCGAUUGGUCCAACCCUCUUUGGCAAUUUGUCUGAUAUUCACGGCAGAAGACCAGCCUACAUCGGCUGUCUUACUGUCUCGAUCGCGGCCAAUGUCGCAUUAGCCUGUCAAAGAUCAUAUCCUGCUCUUCUGGUCCUUCGUUGCCUGCAAAGCUCUGGCUCAGCAGCUACGGUUGCUUUAGGCCAAGCUGUCGUCGCCGAUCUUUCGACAAGAGCAGAGAGAGGCAAGUGGAUUGCUUAUGCUAGCAUGGGCAUGAUGAUCGGUCCCGCUCUAGGGCCUUUAGUCGGUGGAUUACUGGAUGCCUAUCUUGGCUGGCCAUCUCUUUUUUGGUUCUUGGCCAUAUUCUCUGGAGCAAUGUUGAUGGUGGCACUUUGUUUCUUGUCCGAAACCUCCCGCGCUGUCGUUGGGAAUGGAUCUGUUCCACCGCAAAAGUGGAACCGCACCUUGUUGUCAUGCUUACGAAAGAAGGAUGUCGCUAAGCAGACCAACACGAUACAGCGCUCGACGAAGAGGCCGAACCCUAUCACGUCUCUACUUAUCAUAUUCAAGAAAGAAGACGGGCUCAUUCUGCUAUAUGGUGCCUUGUUAUACGCUGGGUUCUACAUCGUCCUGAUCACCCUGACCGAUCAACUCUCACAAAGCUAUGGCCUGAGCACUGUGCAGAUCGGUCUCUGCUACUUGCCCUUCGGUGUCGGAUGUAUGGUCUCACGCUUCUCCGUCGGUGUACUUCUAGAUCGCAACUACAAACGCCUUGCACGUCAGCUUGACCCAUCUGGCGAUGCCAACCCCAACGCCAAAGAAUCAGACGCCUUCCCCAUCGAGAUGGCUCGUCUACAAAUUGGCAUUCCGACGGUUUUUGCUGCGGCCAUCGUUACCAUAGUCUACGGCUGGGUCUUGUACUACAAGACCUCGCUGGCAGGUCCACUGAUUAUGUUGUUCUUCGUCGGCAAUUUCACCACUGGAGCUUUCAAUGUGUUUGGCACUCUGAUUGUUGAUAUCAACUUGCACCAGCCAGGCACAGCAGCUGCGGCAAACAACCUGGCCAGAUGUGGAAUGGGUGCGGCUUUCACGGCCUUUGCACAACCUUUGGUGGACGCUAUCGGGAUCGGGUGGGCGAGCGUUGCAGUUGCUUUUCUCUGGGUUCUAGCAACGCCUUUCCUGUUUGCUGUGAUCAAAUGGGGACCUAAGUGGCGUGCUGCAGAGAAAACUAAACUAGAGCAGAGAAAGGGUCAGAAGUGA